GAGGAGAGGGGAGGGGAAAGUAGAGCGGUCUGUGAAUUCAUGCUGUGUUAGCAUCCCCUAAGCAACUCCAUCAAUACUGCAUACAGCUGAGAAACUGGCAAAGAGCCCUGGUGCUGCAUUGGAGGGCUACAGUAGCGAGAGAGAGAGAGAGAGAGAGAGAGAGAGAGAGAGGGUGAUAGAGAGAAAGGAGCUUACAGUGUGACCACUAACUGCUUCUUGCUGCUGUUCUGUUCUGUUCUGUUCUGUUCUGUUCUGUGCUGUGCUGUGCUGUGCUGUGGAGCUCUCUCACUGGGACUCAGCCCCUUGUGUGGAACAACUGCAUCCACUGCAGUCAGAGAGAAACAGAAGGAGCGAGGGAGAAGAGAGAAAGAAAAGGAGUGAGUAAGACUGGGAGAAACGAAGAGAGAGAGAGAGAGAGAGAAACAGAGAGAGAGAAAGAGAGAGAAAGAGACAACAGGAGCUGAGCACAGGAAGACACAGGUCGGGAGUACUCAGUGGGAAGAAGGCAGACCCACCGGGGGCAGGGAUUGUGUCUUGAGGGGGGAUCUGUGCUAGUAUGUUAGCGCACUCCGCAGGAUUGGCUAAACACCGGGGACUGUGACAGGACCUCAGUGCACCUGCUUCAGACAGGCUUUGGGCAAUGCGGAGCGACUGAUGCCUGCAAUGGCAGACCUGGACCUGCAGACCCUGAUACCACCCCUCCAGCACUCCAGCCACCACCACCACCACCACCACCCCCAAGCCCAGGGGCCCAACCUGAAGAUCUGACCCAGCCCUACCUCCUCCUUCCCUGGCCUUGCUUCAAACGGGCCUCCUGGCUUCACCCUGGGCCCACCAUGGGAGGAUGCCUCUCCAAACCCAAACCAGUAGAGGUCAAGGUGGAGCUCACCCUGCUGGACAAAGAGAAAGAGGCCGAUGUGAUGUCUCCAAACGGAAAGGCCAGCCCCUUCUCCGACAGCAGACCCAACGGAGCCCUGGGCCACGGUUCCGAUGAGGACGCCUCGGCCACCUUCAGGCCCUCACACAAGCCCAGGGACUAUGUGGAGGCCACCGUGUGCCAUGUGAAGGACCUGGAGAAUGGACAGAUGCGAGAGGUGGACCUGGGGACAGGCAGAGCGUUGCUCAUAAAGGAGCACGGAGAGUUCUCUGCCAUCGGGCACAAGUGCCCACACUAUGGGGCACCGCUGGUCAAAGGUGUCCUAUCUAAAGGGCGUAUUCGGUGUCCGUGGCAUGGUGCAUGUUUCAACAUCGCCACGGGAGACAUUGAAGACUUCCCAGGCCUUGAUAGUCUACCCAUCUUUCAGGUUAGAGUUGAAAAGGACAGGGUGAUCAUUCGAGCAAACAAGCAGGCGCUACAAACACAAAGACGGACACAGGCCAUGUCCAAGUGUUCAGCUGUCAUCAACUCUAGCACGGGCUUCAGCCAUGUUCUCAUCAUUGGAGCAGGCCCAGCUGGACUGGUCUGUGCUGAGACGCUACGACAGGAGGGCUUCACCGAUCGCAUCGUCAUGGUCACCAUGGACAAACAUCUGCCGUUUGACAGACCAAAACUGAGUAAGUCCCUGGAGAGCACAGCAGAACAGCUACGGCUCCGUUCCGCUGAGUUCCUGCAGACCCAUGAUAUUGAGCUGCUCACAGAGAAGGAGGUUGUGACUGUGGAUGUCAAGGCGAAGACUGUGACAUUUCAGGAUGGCUUCAAGAUGGAGUACAGGAAGCUGCUCAUUGCUACAGGAAGCAAGCCCAAGCCACUGAACUACAUAGGAAAGGACGUGGAGAACGUGUUCCACCCCAGGAACCCAGAGGAUGCUAACAGCAUAGCUCGGCUAGCCAACAACAAGAACGCCGUCAUCGUGGGAACGUCCUUCAUAGGUAUGGAGGUGGCAGCAGCCCUCACAGACAAGGCCCAUUCAGUGUCAGUCAUUGGGAGAGAGGUGAUCCCCUUCCGGAAGGUUUUUGGAGAGAAAGUGGGCAAAGCCAUAAUGAAGCUCUUUGAGACAAACAGGGUGAAGUUCUACAUGCUGAAUGAGGUGUCGGAGAUGCGUGGCCAUCAUGGACAGUUAAAAGAAGUGGUCCUCAAAAGCGGCAAGGUCCUACGAGCUGACGUGUGCGUCAUCGGUGCCGGUUCUGGUCCAGCCACUGCAUUCCUGAAACAGAGCGGUGUACACAUGGACUCCAAGGGCUUUAUCACCGUCACUAAGACGAUGCAGACCAAUGUGGAAGGGGUGUUCGCUGGGGGAGACGUGGUCACCUUCCCUCUCUCCUUGCGCAACAACAAGAAGGCCAACAUCCCCCACUGGCAGAUGGCCCAUGUGCAUGGGCGGGUGGCAGCUCUCAACAUGAUGGGAAGACCCACGGAGGUGAAGACAGUGCCAUACUUCUGGAGCGCCAUGUUUGGGAAGAGCAUACGCUAUGCAGGAUACGGAGAUGGGUUUGAUGAUGUCGUCAUCCAGGGAGAUUUGGAUGACCUGAAAUUUGUUGCAUUUUACACAAAGAGUGAGGAGGUGGUGGCUGUGGCCAGCAUGAACUAUGACCCUAUUGUGUCGCGUGUGGCAGAGGUCUUUGGCUCCGGAAAGACGAUUAGGAAACGUGAUGUGGAAACAGGGGACAUGUCUUGGUUAAUAGACAAGGGCUCACAAUGAGGAUCUCAUUGUCUUUUAAACACGAGGCUACUAGUGACUACUAAAACAUUUGAGGGUGUGUGAAGACUGGGGGAAAAAAAACCGAAAGAUACAAAAAAAAGCAAAAGACACUCGCGGUGCGGACUGAACAAGAGGCUUGGCUGGAUGCAGGAGAGUGGAUUUUUUCGGGGAUUUCAGUACGCUCCAGUCCAGGGACAUCAUCUCAAUGGAGGCCUUACUUGGGGGCCGUCUGCUGGGGGCCGUCACAGCGCUGUAUAUACUCAUCGGCUUAAGGACUUUACCCUCGAGAAUGAGCCAUACGUGAAUUUGAAGCUAGAUAUUGUAGGGGUCCUGAUUUUCUCAUAUUUGUUUGGCAGCGAAGCAAUACUAAGUGCGGAGGCCCUGUUUGUGCAUGAUCUAACUACCUGUACACUUUUUCUUCAUAUAAGGGCCAGAUAAGGGUAUUUUUUGUACAUGCAACUUGUGUAUAGCUAUAACCUAAUGGCAUUGCAUCAUAACGGGGCUGUACAAUUUCUACUGAUCUUUUCGGAUUUUUUUUCCUUCUCUUUUGAGUUUGAAUUGUAAGACCUAGGCCCACAUGUGUUGAUCAGCCUGAAAGACUGUGCAGAGGAUAAGGGCACGGUGUACACACACGCACACACACACACACACACACA